GCUGUAAGAUCAUCAGUGUAUUCGUUGAUUUGGAUUAUCACUUCGGAGUCGAUGUGGUCAUACCUUCAUUUCUUUUCCAGCUGUGGUUGUUUCCCUGGAGUGUCACAGAUUCACUGACGCAAUCAGCUGGAUUGAAAUCGUGAUUCAUAAAAGUCUGUCGAAAACUGAAACUUUUAAAAAUGAAUCCUGCAAAGGAAGCUAGCGUCGGUGAGACUGGUGGGAGUUUUGAGAGAUUCACCGAAGGGGCAGAAAAUGGAGCUUCAAGAGACUCGGAAGACGAACUUGGUCCAGACCAAGAUCAAGAUGAUGGCGCACAGUAUACCGAGCAUGAAUAUCCAGUGGAAAGUAGGGACGAGUAUGAUGAAGAACUGGAAGGUGAACGCUACAGGAUGGAUGAAUACGAAGAUGACGAUGAAGAAGGCAAUUUGGAGAGUGACGAACAUCUGGAGUAUGAAGGCGAGUUUGCGGCCCUGAAGUCAGCUGCCACUUCUGAAAUCCAAGGGAGAACGCGUAGCGGGAAAUCCAUCUAUGAACGAGGCUCAUUCCUCGGAUCUGUUCCAUCGUUUGUCGAGGGUGGUUCAUCCGAGUUCGAAAUGAGCAUAAUGAAGAGCGACUACCGAAGGUCGACUGCUCUGGGUUUCGAGGGAAUAGCUCGAAUCGACUUGUCACCCCUGACGCAAAAAAUCGUCGGCUGCGUUAUCGGCGAAAACGUGACUACGGAGUAUCCAUGGAUGUAUGUGAAGAAGGAGAUAAUCGAGGACAACAUUGACUUACACGAUGAGAGCAGCGACUUCUUGCCGAUUAAGGACGCUGUUACAGAGUUUCCUGGUGCCAAGAUGCUGAUCGGUUACGCACCUUCGAGCAGCGAGAAGGGUCAGUUUUACGUCUGCGUUACAGAAGCAGCCCAAGAUGCGGUACUCGAGAACAUAGAGGCGCUUAGAACAGAGCAGGAAAACCGCGUGCGUAACGCGGUUUAUAAAACUGUUGGAACCUGGACUUCACUCGGAAGUGAGAUCGAGGUUGAUAACGAAAUCCACAAGAAGACACGUCCGCUUUACGAGAUUGAGGUCGAGACGACUUUUGACCUGCUGAACCAGGAGAUGAAUUUCACGGAUCGUGGGGUCAACGAUCAGAGAGACGGUUACGUGGAGCUUAUCUCCGAGAGGGAGCACUUCGAGACAGUAGCUCGCACUGUCGUCGGACGUGGGGAUCAGGUGAAACCCUACUUCAAGGACGUAGAAGCCCAAACCGACCCAUCGAUGCCGAACAAUAUGUGGACGCAGUACGAGUACAAGUGUCCUGUUAUAGAUCCAGCCGCUUUCGACGAGGAGAAGAGCACCACGCUCGCUGAUUUCGUUGAAAAGUACAAGGACGAGGUCUGCGACUAUGUGACAGUUAACGAGAAUUGGGACGUCUACUACAAUGAUUACGUUAGUCUUGUCCGUAACAAGAGGGACACUCACCCUCCGGAAGUGAUCAAGUAUCUGGAACACCAAAGUUACUCGGCUGGGAAACUGUGCAUGGAUCGUGUGAUCAACAGCCUCAAUUGGCAUCCACUGUGGACUGGAACUGCCGCUGCUGCUUACACCUAUCAUAGCAAAGUGGAAACUCUAAGUGGACCGGGAGACAGGGACGAGGUGCGCCGGGCAUGCGAGGGUAACAACAAAGUGCUAAUAUGGUCCUUCACGGACUGUCUAACUCCCAAGUUGGUGCUCGACUCGCCGCGAGAAGUGACUGCAAUCUCGUUUUGUCCGUUAGACGGUAACGUUGUGGUCGGUGGAUGUGCGAACGGCCAGGUAGCGAUUUGGGAUAUAGCCGGUAAGAUUGAGCAGGUGGAAACUGUUGAGGUCAGGACCGCUGCCCAGGUUAAAUACCGGGUCGCUAUGCAGAGUCUCAUGACAUGGAUGAACGAAACCAUGUCGUCAUCCACCAUCAGGCCAGCCGCCAUGUCGAGUCUGCAGCACGGUCAGGUCGCACCGAUCACUGAAAUUGUGUGGCUUCCACCGUACAACAAGCUGGACAAAAACGGGAGGAUCCAGAGCCUUCCGGCCGACACUGACGUCUCCGAGUUGACCUGGCAGUUUGCGACAUCAAGUGAAGACGGGACCGUUGCCAUAUGGGACCUGAAGUACAAACCAUCUGACGCUAGUGACGGUACGGUAAGGACCAAGGUUAAGAGGCAGGUACCUCGACCAGAACCGCUGGUCCAGGCGAUUUCACCGUACAAGCAGUUGGACCGAGUAUUCAAGCCGGACUAUAAGCUCUCGGUGAAAAGGGACGACGUUUUGGUUCCACUUUCCACCGUCAACGUCUACUUCACCACAUUUCCGACGAUCCAGUUGACCGAGGAGGUACCCCGCAUGGACAUUACGACCAGGCGAUAUCACCAGCAAAUUAUCGAAAAACCGGAUUACGAAAUGGAGCCUUUUAUGAUGGUUGGAACCACGGAGGGGGAUCUUAUGCGCAUUAGGUGGGACGGCUACGAGUUCUCCACUGGCAUGAUGGUCAAUGAUGAACCAGCCGUCAUUGACGGACGAAACAAAAUUCACGACGGUCCUGUCACCGUCAUCGCCAGGUCCAAAUACAUCAGGCGGAUCCUGAUCACCAUUGGUGGAAAGGUCUUUGCUCUCUGGAGGGAGGACUGUAUGGAUCCGAUCAUUUGGCGUAAGAGUAAGAUGAAGUACACAGCCUGCUGCUGGGGUUCCUGCAGACCGACGGUGUUUCUCUUGGCACAGAGUGAUGGUACAAUUGAGGUCUGGGACUUGCUGUGUCAGAGCGAGAAGCCGGCGUUUACUCAGAGCGUUUCGGGCAGGAACAUAACGGGGCUAGUCACGCACAGUCUCUACUUGAACCCCCGCUGCAUUGCGUUUUCCGACUACAAUGGCACCCUCAGGGUCUUCACUGCCCCGGACGUUCUGAUGCACUUUGUCGAGAGCGAUACCAGGUGGCUGGAGCAAUUUGUUGACCGAGAAGUCGACCGCGUUAAAGAGUUCAAGGAAUGGCAGACUCGCUGGAAUGAUACCAACCUGGAGAACGUUGAGAGGAAGCGAAAACUCGCCGAGAUUGAUGCUGAGAAACAACGACUCGUCGAGGUUGAGAAAAGAAAACGGGAAAUGGAGGAGGCCGCCAUCCAGAUUCGCGAAAGUCGAGCUAAGCGGAACGUGCGAAGCAACCCGGAAGAGUUUCUGGCGCGAGCUAGAGAACGUUGGAAAGCGAUGGAGCUCAGGCGAAUGCAGAGAGUGAUACUCGACAAGAAGGGUCUGCGAAAAGACGAACUUGAGAAGCAACGAGCACCGAUGAUGAUGCUGAGGGAGGAGGUCCACCGCAAGAAGCGGAAGAUAAAGAAGAUCUUGCAGACCCAGGACAAGAUCUUCGAGGACUCGAUAGCCUUCUUGUUCCCUGAUCAGUACCGGGAGAAAGGACCAACAGUUUCGUCGAAGCCGCCGGCUGCUUCGCGCAAGAAAUCCGUACCUGAAGAGGCGGAUGAAUUGGCGCAGCUGCUGAAGGACAAGGAGGACCAGCCACUCGUUGCCCAGUUUCAGACCCGGGCAGAAAAAUUCAUCUUCGAGUUUCUCGAGACCCAAGCUGAAGCGCUUGAGAUGAUACGACGAAAUCCGUACAAGCCGACCUUCGUAUGGAGGAAAGUACUCACUGAGGGAAAGUACAGACGGAAGGUUAUGGACCUGCAACUCACUCGGCGAAACGGGCAUCGCAGGGACUAUAUGCAUAUGAAGAGCAUCAAGGAGGCUGCCAGAGGCAGCGCCAAGGCUGGCAUGGUUUGGUUCACUUCUGAAGUCAAACACUACGAUACCGAUGACCAGGAACAGGAACAGGAACGGGAUCAGGAUCAGGAUCAGGAUCAGGAUCAGGAUCAGGAUUCGAUAGAGUUUCUCGAGUUGGCAUUCACUUUGUUCGUCGUGAUAAAACGGACGCUUUUGGCCAUGUGGACUUCCGGUGGUUCCAGAAUUCCUUCAAGUUCUUCGCUUAAUUUUUGCAAGUAUCGCAAAUAA